AUGUGGGCGCUGCGUCGAGUCUCCAUUUCUACCAAGAAUCGAGGAUUUGGCAUAGGGUCCUCUCGAAUUUGCUGUGCUAAAACAGACAUAGCAAGAUGUUACAUGGAUAAUCACAAGGCUGAAUAUAUUGAACCCCAAGAAAUGCCAGCUGAUGGAUUCCAUUCAUUUAGAAGAUUCUAUGACAAAUCAUCUAAUUUUCGGAAGUUAUCCAUCGAAAUUCGUCAUUAUUCUUCACAGACUGAUAAGAAUGGAGAGGAUGAUGAAGACUCGGAGGAAGGUUUCUCUGAACUUGAAGGUNAAGACUUGGAGGAAGGUUUCUCUGAACUUGAAGGUCCAACUGCCUCUGGUGCGAUUCUAGAAGAUAAUGGUGGAGAUGAGAAUGACGAUGAACUAAUUUCUGGGCCAGAGCUAUCUGAAGAGGAGUCUUCAGAUGAAGGCAUGCAAGGGACACAAAAUGAGUUGGAGGUAUUAGAUAAUGAGACCGUUGUUGCUGAGAAGGUAUCUUCAAGACAGAUGGGUACUUCAGCAUUGACCCGUUCUAUCUUAGGUGCUCCAGCUUCUUCUCUUGGCAAGUUUUUGGAUAAAUGGGUUGCAGAAGGUAAUGAAGUUACCCGGUUAGAAGUAGUGUUAGCCAUGCUUACUCUGAGGAGAAGGCGAUUAUACGGCAAGGCCUUGCAGCUGUCAGAGUGGUUGGAGUCUAAAAAGCUUCUUGACUUCGGUGAGAGAGAUUAUGCUUCCCGUCUUGAUUUAAUUGCCAAAGUACGUGGUAUCUACAAGGCAGAAAGCUACAUUCAGCACAUUCCUGAAUCUUUCAGAAGUGAACUUAUCUAUCGAACUCUAUUGGCAAAUUGUGUUUCUCUAAGCCACGUGAAGAAAUCUGAGGAGGUUUUCAAUAAAAUGAAGGAUCUAGAAUUUCCUGUGACGUGCUUUGCUUGCAAUCAGUUACUACUACUUUACAAGCGGGUUGACAAGAAGAAAAUAGCUGACGUUUUGUUGUUAAUGGAGAAAGAAUGUAUCAAGCCAUCCCUCUUCACUUACCAAGUCUUGAUUGAUGCGAAAGGGCAAUCCAAUGACAUUGCUGGAAUGGAACAAAUUGUUGAGACACUGAAGGCUGAGGGGAUGGAGCCUAACAUCCAAAUUCAAUCCAUAUUGGCACGGCACUAUGUCGCUGGUGGCCUAAAAGAUAAAGCUGAGGCCGUCUUGAAAGAGAUGGAAGGAGACAAUAUAGAGAAAAAUCGUUGGGCUUGCCGGCCUUUGCUUCCUCUUUAUGCAGCCCUUGGAAAGACUGAUGAAGUUGAACGAAUCUGGAGAGUCUGUGAAUCUAAUCCACGUUUGGAAGAGUGUACUGCUGCCAUUGAAGCUUGGGGAAAGCUAAAGAGAAUUGAAGAAGCAGAAGCAGUUUUUAAUAUAUUGGUAAAAAAAGUAAAAAGUCCCUCUGCAAAACAUUAUUCUGUUCUACUUAAAGUUUAUGCACAACAUAAGAUGUUGGCAAAAGGAAAGGACCUGGUGAAGCAAAUGGCAGAAAGUGGUUCUGCCAUUGGACCACUGACUUGGGACGCACUUGUGAAACUUUAUAUUGAUGCUGGAGAAGUGGAAAAGGCCGACUCCAUACUGCAUAAGGCUGCUGAGAAGAGAAGGGGCAAGCCAAUGUUUACUUCAUAUAUGGCGGUUAUGGACCAAUAUGCUAAGAGAGGUGAUAUCCACAACGCUGAAAAAAUGUUUCAUAGAAUGAGACAAGUUGGGUAUGUCUCAAGAUUCAGGCAGUACGAAUCACUCAUUCAAGCCUACAUAAAUGCCAAGGCUCCUGCAUAUGGUUUCAGCGAGAGGAUGAAGGCCGAUAAUAUAUUCCCUAAUAAAUCAUUGGCUGCUCAGUUGGGUCAGGUAAAUGCAUUUAAAAAGACGGCAUUGUCGGACUUGCUGGAUUAA